AUGAGCAAACUACCUACAGACACAUCAAAUUCCUUCUUGGGCAAGUCUCUUAAACCAGUGGACUCUGCUAAAGAUUUAGGUGUCACAUUAGAUAGACACCUAAAUUACGACAAACAUGUCUCGCUUCUUGUCUCGUCGUGUAUGAACAAAUUAUGUCAGAUAAAUCGUACAAAAAAUAGUUUCGACACAAAAACUUUAUCGGAAGUCAUUUCAUCCUUGGUCAUCAGCAAAAUGGUUUAUUGUUCUUCGGUGUGGUCGAAUACGUCUGCCUCCAACGUGAAGAAAGUUCAGUCGAUCCAGAACUUUGCUUGCAAAAUCGUCACGAAAUCCAGGAAGUUUGACCACGUAACUCCACUUCUACGUGAAUUGAAUUGGCUCCCAGUAGACAAACUACUAUAUUUUAGAGACGCCAGUUUGACUUAUAAAUGUAUGAACAACCUAGCACCCGACUACCUUUGUAACAAAUUGAUAAAAAGGUCAUCAAUCCACGACCGUAGGACUCGUACACACGACUCUCUUCAAAUACCACUAUUUAAGACUGCAGCUGGCCAACGAUCAUUUACAUAUAGAGCCGUCCAUAUUUGGAACAAUUUAGACAAGAACUUGAAAGACUGCUCUUCACUUAAAAUUUUUAAAGUAGCACUUAAAAAACAUUUGCUUGCAAAAGAUAGCAUUUAG